AUCCAAAUCAUAGAGCCUCUUCUCCUUUCGACUUAACUCUCAUUCAUAGAGGCUCAUAAGCAAUUUUUGUUUAUCAUUCAUAGAAGAUGGAACCAUUGACCAGGGUUGGAUCCAACCACUUUGGCUUUGGCUUUGGCUUUGGCAUGGCCUAUGGUGGUAGAUCAUCCGAGUCAUCUCAAGUCCUUACCAUCCAUACCGCUGCUAAAUGGAAUGCUUACUUUGAUGCACUGAAACAAACAAACAAGUUGAUGGUGAUUGAUUUCACUGCUUCAUGGUGUGGGCCUUGCAAACUCAUGGACCCAGUAAUCCAAGAUUAUGCUGCAAAAUACAAAGAUGUUGAGUUUGUCAAGAUUGAUGUGGAUGAACUAAUGGACGUAUCUCAAUAUUUCGAGGUACAGACAAUGCCAACUUUCAUGCUGAUUAAGAAAGGCAAAGUUGCUGAUAAAGUGGUGGGAGUAAAAAAGGAGGAGCUACAAAGGGUGAUUGAGCAACACAGAAAUUAAGUGUUCAAUCAUGCACUAUAAAAUAAUAAAAUCAGCAAGGCUCUUCAGUAUAUUUUACCUUGUCCAUUGCAAGGAAAUUAAUGAGGAAGAAAAACCAUAAGAUGCUGUUUUUUUUUUUUUUUAUGAGAUCUGAAUAAGUUGGUACCAUUACCAUUAUUUUCAACUAAAGACAAGUGUCAUGAUUGUUUAAUACUCACCAUCACAAUUUAAUAUUUCGACCUAUUUGUAA